AUAAACAGCAGCUACACGCCGAGGAAGAAAAACGAAGAAGGAGCCCAUGACGGUUUAAAGGAAGAACAAACACAAUAGACGCAGUAUUUUUCAAGUGAAUUUCGACUAUUAAAAGCAAGUUGCAAAGGAACAAAUCGAUCAACCAGAAAAUAGGUGUCCUGUGUAAAAAUAACCGAGAGACGAAGGUGCCAAGUUUUUGCAUUGUUGACUGAUGCUGAGGAGCCUGUGGGUUGAUCAGAACCACACGUGCUGACUUGAAACCUGUGGUGUUCAAAGAAGAGGCCCAACACCUGGAGCAGGGGGAGGGAUAAAAAGCCUGCAGUGAAGACUCGAAGGGACGGAAAGCUGUUCGGCUUCGGACUAUAUUUCCCCUUACAGGAUUUGUGAUUUCAAGAAGCUGGUUUUUCACGUGUGGAGCAACAUUACUAACAGAGUGGGAAUAAACUGUGAAUAUCUGACUGUGAGUUUGGGGAAGAACCUGUACAAAGUUGGAAAUUAAAAUUUCAAGGACAGCUGUAUUGAGCAACUUGUGAAGACUCAAACUGGAAACGGGGAAAUAUUUAGAAAAGUGUGCUUUGAGUACUGAACUAAGAUUAUUUUGAAGAAGCUAUUUCCCAAGUUCCAAUUGCCUUAGUUCUAUUUCAGGACUUGAACUGCUUCUAUACUUGUUCACAUAUAAUUUUUCUAUAUUGUGAGCAGGUGUAUUCAUGUAUAUGAAUGCAAAUUUCUCUUCAUUUUGAAGAGCUGUCCUGUAAAAAUCUGAAUUUUUUUUUUUUCUUGUACGUCAGUAACUCUGUUUUUGAAGGGGACCAAGCUGCACGUACAUGUAUAUAUGUAAAUACUAAUUGAUUUAUGUUGCAAAAGUUUUGAACCUAAAAGGAUAUAGAAUAUUGUUUAUGCUUUAUUAAACUUUUUUUUUUUUUACUUUUGAAGAGAAUUUUUAAAAAGAAAAACCUAAGAGGCAUAAAUCUUAAUACUUUGGAAGGGGUAGGGAAACAAGGAAACAGAAAAUGGCAACUGCCAGAACAGAGACCAUUGGUCCAGUUACAGUGGGACUAACCAAGCAGAAUGGACAGCUCAGAGGACAAACCAAACCAGUUUCAGUCCAGCCUGCAUCCAUGACUCAAGGGAAUCCGUCGGGUCUACCCCAGAAGCCAGGCAGUGCUUCAAAAGAUGGAGGCAUUAAGUUUGGAGAUGACUGGAAAAAAUGUCUACAGCUGCCUCCCAAAGACAAUAGGGUCAAAACCUCAGAUGUGACAGCCACCAAGGGGAAUGAGUUUGAAGAUUACUGUCUCAAACGAGAACUCCUGAUGGGCAUUUUUGAGAUGGGUUGGGAGAAACCAUCUCCUAUCCAGGAGGAGAGCAUUCCCAUUGCUCUGUCUGGACGGGAUAUUCUAGCCCGGGCUAAAAAUGGAACCGGGAAAAGUGGAGCCUAUCUUAUCCCACUACUGGAGAGAAUAGACUUGAAAAAGGACCACAUACAAGCCAUGGUCAUCGUUCCCACCCGUGAGCUAGCACUGCAAGUGAGCCAGAUCUGCAUCCAAAUUAGCAAACACCUAGGAGGAGUUAAAGUCAUGGCCACCACUGGAGGCACCAACCUACGAGAUGACAUCAUGCGUCUAGAUGAGACUGUGCAUGUAAUCAUCGCCACCCCUGGUAGGAUCCUGGACUUGAUUAAGAAAGGACUGGCAAAGGUGGAUAAAGUCCAGAUAAUGGUGAUGGAUGAGGCAGAUAAAUUGCUCUCUCAGGAUUUUGUGGUGCUUAUUGAGGAUAUCAUUAGCUUCCUGGCCAAGAACAGGCAGAUCCUGCUCUACUCUGCAACCUUCCCUAUCAGUGUACAGAAGUUUAUGACAAAACACCUUCAGAAGCCCUAUGAGAUAAACCUGAUGGAGGAGCUGACUCUGAAGGGCAUCACUCAGUACUACGCCUACGUCACAGAGAGGCAGAAAGUUCACUGCCUCAACACCUUGUUCUCCAGGCUGCAGAUCAACCAGUCCAUUAUCUUCUGUAACUCUACUCAGAGGGUGGAGCUCUUGGCCAAGAAGAUUACCCAGCUGGGCUAUUCCUGCUUCUACAUCCAUGCUAAGAUGAUGCAGGAAUACAGAAACCGUGUGUUUCAUGACUUUAGAAACGGGCUGUGCAGAAAUCUGGUUUGCACGGAUCUGUUCACCAGAGGUAUUGACAUCCAGGCCGUCAACGUAGUCAUCAAUUUUGACUUUCCGAAGAACGCAGAGACUUACCUCCAUCGCAUUGGAAGAUCAGGGAGGUUCGGUCACCUGGGCCUGGCCAUCAACCUGAUCACUUCAGAAGACCGUUUCAACCUGAAGGCAAUUGAAGACCAGCUGGUGACGGACAUCAAGCCCAUCCCCGGCAGCAUCGACAGGAGCCUGUAUGUGGCCGAAUACCACACAGCCAGUGGCAACUGUGACGGGGGAGAGGAGGACGAUGACAAAACAGGACACCAGCAGGACAGCAUCUAAAGCAGGACAACCCGGGCUUUCACAGAAACAUCACUGCUUGUACACAGACUUUAGACCAUUCAAGUUUCACGUUUCUAACCUGUUUUGGGAGCCAUUUGAAAGGAUUUUUCCCUCCAUAAGUGUUAGAGCUGUCAUUAAUUGUGACUGAGGACACUGAAGUAAACUGUUUUUGCACCAAACACAGACUGGCUCAUGCAUCCUGUGUGGACAGAUUUGUCUCUGUUACCAACAGGUGAGAUGGCACUUUGUUUUUCAAAUACAGCACAGGCACCCAUCAAAGCUGUUUUGAACCCUGAUACAAACUGUUUCUUUGAAGCCUGUUUUUGUCAUGUUGCCAGCAGUAACGUUAGUCAUUUAGGUUUUGGUUUUUAAUGAAAUGUUUCAGUGGUGCACCCACGACCAGCCUUUGUUCUUUCCACUCACACUGCUGUUGUCACUUAAGUGCCUUAUCUUCCUCCAGUGUGCACUCAUCCUUCCAUAACUUGCUGUCGCCUGUCGUGCAGCGGAAUAUGAGCACAAAUGAGACAAAAUAAUAGUAGCCUGAGGUUUUACUGAACCUCCGUUAUGCAAGAGAAAACCCAACGUACAACACACAACUUGCUGUGGAAAAGUGGCUCAAACUCCUCAGAAAAAAAAAAUCAUCCUGAAUGUGAGCAUUUAUUUUUUAAUGUGAACUUUGCAAUAAAACAGGCAGCUUUUAUUUAAAUACUGCAUGACUGUUUUGGUUGUUACUUUGAAUAGUGCGCGUGCAGCUUUGUGAACACUCCGAUACGCAGAUGUCAAUCAACAGCAUGAGGUAUAGAAUAUCUAAUAUAGGCUCUUAUUGUUGCCUGGAGCUUCUUUUCCUUAAAACACACACUUGGGGCAGCAGAAGACUGCAGAUCCAUUAUCGACUAAACUGCUUUAUAACAGACUAAACUGCUGCUCAGAGUGAUGGUUCAAAAUGGUUUUGAUUUGGUGCAGAGCUGAUAUAUAUAAUAUAAAGCAUCACAGGAUUAAAUAGCACAGUCUGGUUUUGGUGCACCCCCACCCCCCUUCAGGGUUCUCAGAAAUGUGGAUUUUUCUUUUUCCUCCUGCCUUAUCUGGUGUUUCUUCCAGCCCUGUUAUGACACACUGAGUUUGGUGACUGUAUGUUUUCCAGCCUUAUGGUUAAGUUGUCCAUUAUUUUACUGCAGUUUCGCUCAAAUUGUCCAGAUUAUCGGACAUGCGGUUUUAAUAUUUUUGGAUUUAAAAUGGCUUCAUGAACCAGAGUUACGAAACAAAGGACCAUAUAUUUUAUUUUAUGUUCAACGGUUAAAAUGGGGGGGUGCACAGCAGUUCUGCAGCAGCAAUAUCUGACGACUACUUUUUUUUUUUUUUUUUCCUGGGAGGAUUUAUUCUGAGUUGGACUGUUUUUUGUUUUGGGUUUUUUUUUGCAAACUUGUAGCAUGUUUAAACAGGCAGCUGUGACUUUUUUGUCCUCCCCUAACAUUAUGUCUAACUGUUUAAAAAAGAAAAACAAAAAGAGAAGAAAUAUUUUUGCUUUUUAAAUUUUUAUUUUUCAACAUUGCUUAAAGCAGUUUGGGGCUGGGCAGGGGGCUGUCAGGCUUUAGCACUGUUUUUUUUUUUUCAGGUUUGGGUGGGUUUGAAAACGUAUCAGAUUCUCUGAGUGCAAAUUAAAUCUUCUCUCUGGCACUUACAGCUCUGACACAACAAAUGCUUUGCUUUAAACAGAUUAUACGAGUUUGCUUCGUGAUUGUAAGUACCAGACAGAAGGCGCAAAUCUUCUCGGGCGCGGAGUUUCUGGAAGGCAUUGAACCACUGUGAUCUUCAAUCUGUUGUUCAUGUGACGGACGAUCAAAGUGCUGUGGUUAGGUUUCAGUAACUCAGUCAGAUGGCCACUGAAGCAAGCUUUGUUCCAGAUGUGGUGAAUCAUUAGGAGGAAACAUUGUAAAGGAUUCAUUGUUUACGCCUGUUGUUUACAAUUACAGCAGCAACAAAAUGCUUUGCUUCAUGAUGGAGUAUAAGUUCAUUGCUUUUUUUUUUUAAUGGUUUUUCAGGAUUAACAUUGAAGCAAAACCAAAAAAGUGGAAUGUCGUGAGUGUGAUCGACACUUCAGUGUGUGUGUGUGUGUGUGUGUGUGUGUGUGUGUGUGUGUGUGUGUGUGUGUGUGUGUGUGUGUGUGUGUGUGUGUGUGUGUGUUAGCUACCAUUACAGGUCAUUGAGUUUGCCCCAUGUGACUUUGUGCACGUGUAGCUUCAACUAAACAGACGACCAGUGACUGCAAUUAUGUUUGGGAAGAAAUCAAUUGGAUUUGGAGUCGUCCUGUUUGUUGAGUGCAGUUGUCUUGAGAGAAUGAUGAUUUUGUGUGUGUGUGUGAGAGAGAGAGAGAGAGACCGUGUGUGUGCACACGCGCCUAAGAUUUCUCUGCCAGUUAAAGAUAAAAUUGCCUGCCACUUUGCCCUGUUUUUAAUGUUGUUGUUUUGGUUUUUUUUCCCUGUACACUGAGAUACAGACAUGACUUUAAUUCAGUUGGUGGUGACUUUGAACAUACGUAAUUAUGACUGUAUCACUUUUGCGAAAACACUUUAAUGAAGAGGGGAAGUAACAUGAAUUUUAUUUUCAAACUGGCAGAAAUGUUUGUGUUUUUUUUUUUUUUUUAUCAGUGAGAAUGUGUUGGAUGGCAGUGCAGUUGUUGACACUGGUCAGCGGUGCAGAUUUCCUCUGUUCCUCUUAUUCUUUUCUGGUAACUCAGGUUUGUGGAGGUUUCAAAUUAAAAAAUGUCCACAAAUUUGUAUUAAUCAGAUUUUAUGAUCAUCUCUUUUGUGAUCCAAA